UGGGCUGCGGGCAGGACGGGAGAGCGGAGGGCUCGGGGUCGCCCCGGACGACUGGACAGAGCGCCUGAGGUUGGGCCGCAUACCCCGGUGACGCCAGCGCGCACCCCGGUUGAGAAGAGCGGGGCUGGAUCUCAGCCCGGGAAGGGCAGGCACCUGUGGGUUCCCCUGCCCCCCGGAAAGGACGGACCGUCUUCCGGAGAGUCUGAGGAAUUCUAAAACCAAAAUAUUAGAUUGAAAACAAACAUGGCUCACCAUAUUACCUUUCUUUGGAUAGUUUUGAUUCUGCUUCUCCAGAAGUCUGUGUUUGCUGAAGAUGGGGAAAUAAGAUCAAGCUGCCGUACAGCCCCCACAGACUUGGUUUUCAUCUUAGAUGGUUCCUACAGUGUUGGCCCGGAAAACUUUGAAAUAGUGAAAAAGUGGCUUGUCAACAUCACAAACAACUUCGAUAUAGGGCCGAAGUUCAUCCAGGUUGGAGUGGUCCAGUACAGCGACUACCCCGUGCUGGAGAUCCCCCUGGGGAGCUACGACUCGGGGGACACUCUGAUGGCAGCCAUGCAGUCCAUACACUACUUGGGCGGGAACACGAGGACUGGGAAGGCCAUCCAGUUUGCGCUCGAUUACCUUUUCGCCAAAUCCUCACGAUUUCUAACUAAGAUUGCAGUGGUGCUCACAGAUGGUAAAUCGCAAGAUGAGGUUAAGGAUGCAGCAGAAGCCAUGAGAGACAGUGGGAUAACACUGUUUGCCAUUGGUGUUGGUUCAGAAACAGAAGAUGCGGAACUUAGAGCCAUUGCUAACAAGCCUUCCUCCACCUACGUGUUUCAUGUGGAGGACUACAUUGCAAUAUCCAAAAUAAGGGAGGUGAUGAAGCAGAAGCUUUGUGAAGAAUCUGUCUGUCCAACACGAAUUCCUGUGGCGGCUCGUGAUGAGAAAGGAUUUGAUAUACUACUAGGUUUAGGUGUAAAGAAAAAAGUUAAGAAAAGAAUCCAACUUUCACCAACAAAGAUAAAAGGAUAUGAAAUAACAUCAAAAGCUGAUUUGUCAGAAGUAACAAGCAAUGUGUUCCCAGAAGGUCUUCCUCCAUCGUAUGUAUUUGUUUCCACCCAGAGAUUUAAGGUCAAGAAAGUGUGGGAUUUAUGGAGAAUAUUAACCAUCCAUGGGAAGCCACAAAUAGCAGUUACCUUAAAUGGUGUGGACCAAACCUUAUCAUUUACAACAACUAGCAUAAUUAAUGGCUCACAAGUGGCCAUAUUUGCUGGCCCUCAAGUUAAGACACUGUUUGAUGAAGAAUGGCAUCAAAUUCGUCUCUUAGUAACAGAGCAAGAUGUAACCCUAUUUAUUGAUGAUCAAGAAAUUGACAACAAACCCUUACAUCUAACGUUAGGGAUCUUCAUCAGUGGGCAAACACAAAUUGGAAAAUAUUCUGGGAAAGAAGAAACUGUUCAGUUCGAUGUCCAAAAGUUGCGAAUCUACUGUGAUCCAGAGCAGAACAACCGGGAGACAGCGUGUGAGAUCCCCGGAUUCAAUGGAGAGUGCCUCAAUGGUCCCAGUGAUGUAGGUUCAACUCCAAGUCCCUGCAUCUGCCCUGCAGGGAAACCAGGACUGCAAGGCCCGAAGGGUGACCCUGGACUGCCUGGGAACCCUGGCUACCCUGGACAACCCGGUCAAGAUGGUAAGCCUGGCUAUCAGGGAAUCUCAGGAUCACCAGGUGUUCCAGGAUCCCCAGGAAUACAAGGAGCACGUGGACUACCAGGUUACAAAGGAGAACCAGGGAAAGACGGCCAAAAGGGUGACCGUGGGCUUCCUGGUUUUCCUGGUCUUCAUGGGAUGCCUGGAUCAAAGGGUGAAAUGGGCCCCAAAGGAGAUAAAGGGUCACCUGGAUUUUAUGGCAAAAAGGGUGCAAAAGGUGAAAAGGGGAAUGCUGGUUUUCCUGGCCUUCCUGGACGUCCUGGAGAACCAGGAAGAGAUGGAAAAGAUGGAUUAAUGGGUAGUCCUGGCUUCAAGGGAGAAGCAGGAUCCCCAGGCAUACCCGGGCAUGAUGGACCUCGGGGAGAGCCUGGAAUUCCAGGAUUUCCUGGAAACCAAGGUUUGAUGGGACAGAAGGGUGAAAUUGGGCCUCCAGGACCAGUAGGAAAGAAAGGAGCCCCAGGAUUGCCAGGUUUGAUGGGAAACCGCGGCCCACCAGGUCAAGCUGGCGCGACAGGAUCUAAGGGGAGCAAAGGUGAACCUGGACUUCAGGGGCUCCCUGGGGCUACUGGGCUCAAGGGAGAACCAGGAUCAAGGGGUCUUCCAGGAGAACCGGGGUACAUGGGCCUCCCUGGGACUCAAGGGACAAAGGGGGAUAAAGGAAAUCAAGGGGGAAAAGGCAUUCAGGGUCAAAAGGGAGAAACUGGAAGACAAGGAAUUCCAGGGCAACAGGGAAUUCAAGGCCAUCAGGGUGCAAAAGGAGAGAGAGGUGAGAAAGGAGAACCUGGUGUUAGAGGUGCCCCUGGCCCGAAAGGAGAGUCUGGAAUGGAUGGCAUCGUGGGGCCGACUGGUCCCCGGGGGCUGCCCGGGGCAGCCGGUCCCCCGGGACCUCCAGGACUGGAUGGGAAGCCCGGCAGAGAAUUUUCAGAACAGUUUAUUCGGCAAGUUUGCACUGAUGUACUAAGAACCCAGCUACCAGUCUUUCUUCAGAGUGAGAGAAUUCAGAAUUGUGCUCAUUGCCAGCUGCAACGUGGGCCCCCUGGUGUUCCUGGGCCACCUGGUCCCAUGGGUGCAGAAGGUCCCCGCGGAUUUCCUGGUUUCCCAGGAAGAGAUGGUGUUCCUGGAUUAAUGGGUACUCCUGGACGUCCAGGUGCCAGAGGAUUAAAAGGCCUACCAGGAAAAAAUGGGGCAAAGGGGAGCCAAGGGUUCGGGCACCCUGGAGAACAAGGUCCUCCCGGGCCCCCAGGUCCAGAGGGUCCGCCCGGAACAAGCAAAGAAGGUCCACCGGGAGACCCGGGUAUCCCCGGCAAAGAUGGGGAUCACGGGAAGCCUGGGCUCCAGGGCCAGCCAGGCCCCCCUGGUGUCUGUGACCCAGCUCUGUGUUUCAGUGUCAUUGUUGGAAGGGAUCCAUUCAGAAAAGGACCGAACUAUUAGUGUCUGUUGCCUUCCUCAGCAGCCUAGGCAUGGUGCUUUUCCUCGUGGCCUUUUGCAUCUCAGGAAGACAUGUGACAGUAAUCCCUUGAAAAAAACUGAAGUACCUCUGUGUUUUUACUUUUUUCCAUAAGGAAAAAUCUAUAAAAGGUCACAUAUACUGCUUUUAAAGGCUCCUCAAUAAUUUGGAGCUUUGAGAUUAGUAGCAUUAAUUAAGUCUCAAGGGUUUCUUGUUAACUCCAUUCAUCUUAAUCCAAGUUGAAUAUAAAAAUCCACCUUUGCCUGUUAGUUGAUUUUAGUCACUGUGAAAUACUUCACAUCCAGUCUCCACAUAGUAGAGAUUUGACUUCAAGUUCAUAUUUGUAUGUAUUUUGUGUUUCCUAUUUCAUAAUGUCUGCAUUGGCCAUAAAGUAUAUCUGGUCAUUGAACUAAAAUUCAGCUGGGAUAGAUGGGAACGUGGGCCUCUAGAUCUGUUAGUGCUACAGCUACAGAUUCAACCAACUGCUGAUUAAUUUUUUUUUUAAAGUUGUGUCCAUCCUGAACAUGUACAGACUUUUCCCUGAGUAUUAUUCCCUAAGCAAUACAGUGUAACUAUUUACAUGCCUUUUACAUUGUCUUAGGUAAUAUAAGUACUCUAGAGAUGAUUGUUUAAAGUAUAUGGGAAGAUGCCAGUCUAGACGAGGGAAUUAAACAUCUGCAGAUUCACUUUUCCUGAGGUGGGGGACAGGUCCUGAACAGCCGCCGUGACCCUGGGAGACGCCUGUGCCUCUGGAGAAUUGUUCACUCAGUGUCUAUGACUUUGGCUGCAGUUAGUGGACUGCUUCUGCUGAGUGUCUUCAGAAUCACCUCUGAAUAAGAUUAGUGUUUUUUCAUCUGAAACUCUAAAAUGAUGAUUAUGGUAAGAAAGAGUAUUCAUUACAUUGAAGAUGAUCAAAAUUAUCUAACAUUAAAAAUGUUUUAGAAAAAUCUUUUAAUUUAUAAUGUAUUCCAAAAAUGUAUGUUCAGAAGUACUAAAAAGGCUUUAUAUUUGCUAAUGGUUGGAAUGUUCGCUGUAUGUCAUCAUUUCCAUUUCACUUAUUAUAUGUGUAUGGUCAUGUAUGUUAUAUUCUAAUUGUAGCAAAGCUAAUGGCAAUAAAUGCUAUAAUUGAAAGAAAUGGUCAUCUCACAAAUCUUAGUAUGUUUUGCAUCUUUAAUGGACUAAAAUAUUAUGAACAGAUUUUGUGUACUGUACUUAACACUUUUGUAGGGAACAGAAUUUGAGAUAUUUUGUCUUUGUCACGUGUAAGAUUUUGUUACGAAGCUUGUUAUUCAGAGAACAAUAAAGUUUUGUGUGAACCUGA